CUGUACCCAUAUAACUCUGUACUCCCCAGCGCGUCUCCUUCACUUUCAUCCCUCAGCCCAUGCGCGGACGCUCGACAUAAGGUCCCAGCUUGAACGACACGCCCACUGAUCCAUCCCCCUUCCCGACGCGCAGUCAUGGUUCACCUUGGAAUCAAGGACAAGAUCCUCUCCCAGCCCCCGAGCUUUGCGAAGAAGAAGCAGUAUGAACAGCAGGAAGUUCUGGGCACGGGCAGCUUUGGCAAAGUAAGAGCGAUAUGGUAUGUCCCACCUGAGCAGGUCGGGCUCGCCGAGCGCGGCGCUGCAGCCGACCCCAACCCCUCCCCCGGCCCCCCUCGCCCCUCGACCCUCACCCCCGACUCUGCAUCCUCUCCCGCGGCGAUCAAGGCGCACAGCGUCAUGACGAAGGAGGUCGCGCUCAAGAUCAUUCCCAAGAAGAAGGUCAAGGGCAACGAAGCGAGCGUCUGGGGCGAGAUGGAGGUCCUCAAGGGCCUGGAUCACCCGAACAUCGUCAAGUUCUACGAGUGGUUUGAGUCGAGGACGAAGUACUACCUCUCUUUCGAGCUCGCGGUUGGCGGCGAGCUGUUUGAGCGGAUCCUGCAGAAGGGGAAGUUCACGGAAAAGGACGCCGUGAGCGUCGUGAGGUCCAUCUUAUCGGGUGUCGCGUAUCUGCACGACCAUGAUAUCGUCCAUCGCGACCUCAAGCCGGAGAACAUCCUUUACCGCACCCGGGCACCCGACAGCGACAUCGUCAUCGCAGACUUCGGGAUAGCUAAACAUCUCCACUCGCCCGAGGAGCAGUUAACCUCUCUAGCGGGCAGUUUAGGCUAUGUCGCCCCGGAGGUGCUCACCCACCAAGGUCACAGCAAAGCGGUCGACAUGUGGUCGACUGGCAUCAUCACCUAUGUCCUUCUCUGUGGCUACUCCCCCUUCCGCUCCGAAGAUGCCCAAACUCUGCUGAAAGAGACCUCCGAGGCCAAGAUCGAGUUCCAUGAUCGGUACUGGAAGAACGUCUCACAAGACGCGAAGGACUUCAUCAGGCAUCUCCUGAAUCCGAAUCCCAAGCUGCGCCCAACAGCGGUCGAAGCGCUGCACGAUAAGUGGCUGACCGGCCUGCAACCCGACGCCGAGCACGACCUGUCCGAGGGCCUCCGCGCGCACUUCAACCCGCGCAAGCGCUGGAAGAGCGCCAUGAGCAGCGUGCGCGCGCUUCGUCGCCUAAACUCCGGCGCAUCGAGCAAGUCCGCGAGCAGCGGCGGCUGGCGUGGCGACGACCUCGACAGCGAUAGCGACGAGGAGCCAAGGCUAGGUGGUCCGGCGAAUGAGGAGAACUCGGACGCGCUGGACAGGAUACACGAGGACCACGCAACGGUGGCGGUGAUGACGCCGGAGGAGACGGACCAUGAGGUCGAGUUGCAGAGGGCGAGGUUGGGCGGGGCGGCGGGGGAUGCGACUGCGAUACCGAGCAACCCAGCGCCACCGUCCCCUGCAGAGGAGUCAGCGCCUGCACCGCAAGCCGCACCGCCGCUGACGGACAAGACCUCGUCGCACUCCCGGAAAGCGUCGACCGUGAGCUUCAAAGAUGGGCGGGAGACGCCCUUGGCCAUGCCGGGCACAUUCUACGACGACGAUACUCCAGCGCAGAACCAGAACCACGACGAGGGCGGGCACUUGUCGUGGGUGGAGAUGUUCAAGCGACUGCACUUUGGGGGCGGUCAUAAAUAGUAUUGGCUGGUGCUUUUGGACGUUUGUGUGUCUGGCCUUCUUUUCUUGUUCGCGCCAGGCUUUCCUUCUGCCCGCUCGAUUAUACCUAUGCAACCUCUUUGCCCCUUUGACGGCGCUUUCUUUCCU